AUGUUGCAUCCGAAAUUGGGACGCUUGUUGAACUUGGUCUACUAUCACGCCGUACUCUUCGGCCUAAUGGGAGCUACGCUGGAGAUUCGUUCCUACGGAAAAAUAGUGCGCCUGGAGAAGCUCACCUGGAUGUACCUGAUUUACAGCUUCUUCAUGGGAAGCUUCCUGUUUUUCAACGUCUAUUUAAUGUUGCCGACGGCACUGUUGGAUGGAUACAUCAAGUACAAUAUUAUUCUGCAGUGGAACUUCUUUGCCAUGAUUGGACUGCGAUUACUGGCUAUUAUAGGCUGUUAUGGUACCAUUUGGCUGCGGCGCCAAGACAUCAUUCAGUUAAGCAAGGACUCGCUGGCUUAUUGGAGAAGAUAUCGGAAGCUAUUGAAAUUUAAAGUGGACAAAAGGAAACUCAGGGAGAUUCAGCUAUCCCUGGCCAAGGUGAUGGGUCAGAAGGUGUUUGUGCUCUACUCCACCAUCUUCUGCUCCACCGUGAUACAGUUCCAACUACUGAGUGUGAUCAACAAACACAGUUUGCUGGCCCUGGCAGCGAGAUUAACGCACUUCCUGCACUUCUUGGCUGUCAAGAUGGGCUUCUAUGGAAUGCUCGUACUCCUGGAACAUCAAUUCAGGGUUAUCCACCUGGCCUUAGAUGCUCUUCACAAGAAGAAGGGCGGCAGGAAGUCGAGGACCCUACGCACCAUAGCCGCCAUGCACAUGGAAACCAUUCAGCUAGCCAGGAGAGUGUUUAGUUUGUAUGAUUUGGCCAAUGCCAGCUUGUUCCUGAACAUGUUCAUGACCACCGUGAGUAUCCUAUACCAUGCAGUCCAGUACAGCAAUGAGAGCAUCAAGAGCGAUGGCUGGGGCGUGAUCUUUGGCAAUGGCUUGAUCGUGUUUAAUGUCUGGGGAACCUUCAUGCUGAUGAAUAUGCUGGAUAGGGUGGUGAGCUCCUGCAACAAUGUGGGCCAUCAGCUGAAGGAGUUCAGUGAUAUUCCUAAGGCCCGAGGGAGACUCCAAAGGGAGUUGGAUGCCUUUGCUAUGCAGGUGCGACGCAAUCACUUGGUCUACAAAAUCUGCGGAGUUGUGGAGCUGGACAAGCCCGCUGGGCUGAGCUAUAUAGGAUCGAUCCUGAGCCAUGUCGUUGUCCUGAUGCAGUUUGACUUGAGGCGGCAGGAGCAGCCCAACAAUCAGCAUCAGUACCUUACGCAUUUGGUGAGGAACAAAACGCAGUCUUAGAGUUUUCACACAUUUUAUAUUUCUAGCAAAGUUUAUGGAUAUACGAAUUACCUCUAGAUAGAAGUUAAAGAUUCUCAUAAAGAGUUUAUUGUUAAAGCUUACUCAAAGCUUAUUUUAUAGUGGAUAACCGAGACAACUCUCCAAAGGCAUCCUGUUUUAUGGCACAUAUUCUACAAAAAAGGACAUUAAAUGAUAACGAAUUAUAGCAAAGCUCAGGAAGGCACAAAAAGUUA